ACGAAGUAAUCAGUGAGACACUAACUAACUUCCUCACUCUGAUGGAGUCUUACGGUCCUCUUCUAGAGAAGACCCGAGUUCCCCAACCGGGGCUCCAAAAACUCGCUGUUGAGUCCAUUUUCUCCAAGCUUAGAUCCGCGCCAAAGCAUCUCGACCCGGAAUCCGAACCCGGAAGACGCGCCAUUUUCCUCUGCCUCUCGUCGCCGUCUCCUCACGUCGUCGACCACUCCGUCCGCCACCUAUGCCGCCUCGCCGCAGACGCAGUCGUCACCGUCGCGCUCGCCUCGCUCGAGCUCCAGGCCGCGCUCGAAGGCUCCGACCCGAAGCUCGUCCCCGUGUUCGUCAAGGGAUUGGGCUUCCUUGCUCGCCACGAUUUCCGCAGCAAUGCCUCUUCACAUUAUGCUUAUUCUUCCUCUCACACUCACCCGUUCGUUAGGGUGUUGUUGUGCCGGCCAGAGGUUCAGUCCGAACUCUUGCAGCAAGUGUUGCUAUUUAUGUUUCAGAAUAAGCAGGUGGGAAUGGUGCGCGUUUGUGAGUUUUUAAGGCCGUUGUUGGAUGUCUCAAUCGUAAAUUUGUUAGGUUCGGAGUCAUCCUCUUCCUUGUUUGCCAUGCAACUGGUAUCGUCGAUGUUGACUCUAUGUUGCUCUUUUCCACAUGAGUCCAUGCCUGUUUUUAGGCUGCUAACUGAGUGCCUUAAGUAUCUUCCGCAUGAGGGAUCUGAAGACUACAGGAAAUUAAUAUUUGUUGUAGAACAUAUGGUGGAGGCGUAUAUAGUUGUACUGAAAUCUUUGGCUGGAAAUAAAUCACAGCUGAUAACUGAAGCUCAACUGUGUGCUGUUGAAUUUCUGGAAACAAUUCUUUCUCUAUCUACAUGUCUUCAGUGGCACCUUGGUGGUCUUGAGCCCAUAUGUGAACUCUUUAUGCGCUUGUUAACUGUACAGAAAGAUAUUGGGUUACCAUGGUUACCUGGCUUGUCAUCAAUUAUUUUAUCAUUAUUCAUAAUCAUUGUUCAAUCAGAACUUGAACAUGAACAUAUUUCUAUACUGAAACUCCUUCUCUUUAUCCUGAAGUGGAAAUGUGACAGUGAUGCGGCUAUCAGUGGGACUGAAUUCUCUUUAUUAUUUGAAGAGACUUUGUUUCUUCUUCCCAUUCUCAGUCUCAUGUCGUCCCCUUCCAAAUCUGUUAAAGGAUUGGCAACUGAUUUGCUUCACCUCUUGGAGAAGCUCCUUGCCAACAUGUUUGUGGCUCCAAAAAACAAACCAAUCAUUGAGGAGGGAGUUCAUUAUCUCAGCACACCAGGAAGUAUAGUUUUGAGACUUCUGCGUCGUCUGUGGUAUCAGGAUGGAGAAUCUUCUUCCAGAACUUCCCUUCUGAAGUUGGCUUUAACGGGAUUGAACCAAAGUGAAAUAAUUUAUGAUAGACCAUCAUCUUGGUUUUCCCAUUUAAGAGUGUUCUUUUUGUCAAUUGUUGACCGACGGAAAUCUUCAUUACCACUCUCACAUUCUCAGGAAAUGUUUCUGAAUGAGAUGCCCUUGUUACUUGCUGCUGUUCUUAAUGUUUUAUUGAUACAUCCGUCAAUGGGUGCUUCUUCAGUUGAUUCUUUGUCUUCCAUUGCCAUUGUGGAUCCCAAACUAGGACUUCCUUUGUUGCUAACAAUUAUGUUUUACAGUAAUAUAUUCAGAAGAAGUGAUGUCAAUUGCCAUGAUAUGCUGUUAAAAAUUUUUGAAAUGCUGCCAUCAAUUGCUUCACACUCGGCAAUGGUUCCACUUGUUGUUCAAACUAUUUUGCCGAUGCUUAACAAAGAUGCAAAAGUCUCAUUACAUUCUACGGCCACUAGAUUGCUUUGUCGAACUUGGGAGACUAAUGAUCGAGCCUUUGGGAGUUUGCAAGGUGUCUUGCUCCCUAAAGGUUUCACCAAUUACACUUCAGAGAGAGAAAUUGGCAUCAGCAGGGCUGCUUCCAUCCGAGAUGUUUGCCAUAGAAGUGCUGAUAGGGGUGUUGAUCUCAUAUUGUCUGUUUCGUCUUGCAUUGAGAACCAAGAUCAUGUAAUUAAAGCUCUCGGUUUGCAAAGCCUUGCCUUCCUUUGUGAAGCUGAUGUGAUUGAUUUUUACACUGCAUGGGAUGUCAUUGCAAGGCAUGUGCAAGGUUACCAAGAUGAUCCUAUUCUUGCUUAUAGCCUUUGCCUUCUGCUAAGGUGGGGUGCAAUGGAUGCAGAAGCAUAUUCAGAAGCAUCAAAGAGUGUGCUGCUAAUUAUAUGGGAUGUAGUUACCUCCAGUCAAGAUAGACAGUGGGCAAAAGCUAGAAUUUCAGCCCUGGAGUCACUUUCCCAAUAUGAAGUAUCCCAACUUGAAAACAGUAUUCCAGAUUUCAAAAAAAUGAUUUUAGAGUUGUUCUUUUCUGAAACAAAUCCCAACGUUCUCAAAGCUAUGGAGGAUUUUCAUGUCAAGAUAAUAGCAUAUGAGCACAUAAAUCGACGAAGACUAGUCAAGACAAAAAGAGUUACAGGAAGCAAGAUUGAAAAAUUGAUGAAUGUAUUUCCGCAGGUUAUAUUCUCUUCAGGCCUUGAUGUUAAGCAUCUAUUUACAGGAAAGCUAAAUGUAGCUAGAGAAUUACCUGGUGCCGCCUUAGUAUGUUUUUCUUUCACUCCUAAAGACGUGAAUGAACACCAAACAUCUAAAAGGUUAAGAGAAGUACAUACUGGGUAUGAAAUUGCUCUAGUGGAAGUAGCUGCUUCUCUUCAGCUCUCAAGAAAUAUCUUGCUUGCACUGAUGGCAGUGCAAUCAUGGAAAGGCUUUGUGCGACGAUGGAUGAAGGCUUACACACUUUCAUACGAUGCUAAGUCACAAUUGAGUGUCCUAGAUAAAACUUCUAAAGCUGCUAGUGACAUUUUAAAGAGUAUGAUGGCUAUGGCGGAUGAGGCUAUACCCAGAGCUGCUGAAAAUAUUGCACUGGCUAUUGGUGCACUUUGUGAGGUUUUGCCCCCUUCUGUUCACACAGUUAAAUCUGCUGCUUCAAAGUUUCUUUUGGAAUGGUUGCUCCAACAUGAACAUGAACACCGCCAAUGGUCUGCUGCAAUUUCUCUAGGAUUAAUCUCUAGUUGCCUUCAUGUAACAGAUCAUAAACAGAGAUAUGAUAACAUCACUGGACUUCUUGAGGUUCUUUUUGAUGGCAGAAGUUCCCUUGUAAAAGGAGCAUGUGGUGUUGGAUUGGGUUUGUCUUGCCAAGAUCUUCUUACCAGGGUUGAAACUUCUGCUACCUCUACUGUGAUGAAAGAAACAGAGAACGUUCCAGAAUCUGAAUUACUAGGAAGAAUUAUUACUGCCUUAGCUACAAUGAUACAACAGAGAACUCGAUGUUCUUCUGAUAUUUUAGACAAUCUAUGUUCAUGCUUUCCACUGGGAUCAUAUGACAUAAGUUCUAAAGUAUAUGAACAGUUAUCUGACAACACUGAAGACUUGGAAGAAGAUAUCUGGGGUGUUGCUGGACUUGUUCUUGGUCUAGCUAACUCUAUUAGUGCAAUAUACAGAGCUGGAGAGUUGGAGACUGUCAUCAAGAUAAAGAACUUGGUAAUAUCAUGGCUUCCAUAUGUGCAUUCACUAGUUGAAAAAAAUACUUUCCAGGGGAAAGAAUCUGAAAUUGUUUUAGCACUUGGAUCCUGUAUUGCACUUCCCACUAUAGUAGCUUUUUGCCAGAGAAUGGAAUUGGUGGAUUAUGCUGAGUUGGACCACAUUUUGAUUGGCUUUAAAGAGUUCAUUUCCGAGUUAAUUUCCGUGAAAACGUCUGGCACUUUACACCAUAGUAUGCUGAUGGCAUCAUGUGUUGGAGCAGGGACAGUACUUUCUUGUAUUUUGAAUGAAGGUGUUUACUCUAUUGAGGCUGAACGCGUUAAAUGUUUACUGGAACUGUUCAGGAAAUGUUACUUGAAUCCUUUCCCUUCUCUUGUUCAUCUUGGUGGCAUGCUGGGAGUUGUUAAUGCUAUUGGAGCAGGUGCAGAAAUUUUGGUUAACAUGAAUUUUCCAAAGUACACUGGGCUGUCUGAUUAUCAGAAGGAGUCUUCCUCAGUAGUGGGCCCUCUCCUUUCAAGUUCUGAUUUUGAGCCAUACUUGACAUCUUUGGUGCAAGAGUUGUUUCUUGUGGCACAGAAUUCUGAUAAUCAGCAGCUACAACAGUUUGCUUCCUGGGUGCUUGCCUUCCUUCGGCAUCAUUUAUGGUCUAAAGAACUUUUGGGGAUUGAUAGUGAUGGCAGUGUAGCUGAAACUAGUUCAAAAUCUGUUUCCCACAGUUUUUCUGAGGACAAUGUUGUUUUGAAGCUUAGUAUGUGGCUUAUGGAUUUCAAAUACAAUGAGCCUGAAUCUGCUGUACAUAAAGACAGAGUCAUUUCCGUGUUAAGGUGUCUCUCUAGAGCUCCCAGGUUGCCAAGUUUGGAUUGGGGAUCAAUUAUUAGGCGUUGUAUGAAAUAUGAUGUCAAAGAUGUUGACUUGCUACCCAAAGAUUCUACUUGCAAGAAUGGAACUCUUAGGGAGGAAUGCACCAUGUUUGCAAUGGCUCAUGCAAAUUAAUUUGAUUCGCUUCUAACAU